AUUCUCCAGAUUCCCACUUAUGGCUGCCGUUGCUGCCGUCACUUGCGGCGCACCAGCCGUCGGUGCUGCCACUCGUUCUUCCUCCCAUCCUUCGCGAAGACCAAGCCUUCGCAACACUUCGCAUCAGGACAGCGUAACCCUGCCUCCCUCCGCGUUUCGCACACGGUUUCGCGAAGGUUUUCGCGUAGACAACUCGCAGUUGAACAGCGACAAUGCGUCGCGUCGCAGAUGGUUGAAUUCUUCGCACCGCGUGGUCCAUUCAGCUUCAGCAACGCUUGAAAGGAAGGAGCAGCCACGUGGGUCGUUAAGAGAAGUAGCAUCUGAGCGCGAGUGCUAUGUGGUUCUUGAGCAAGAGCUUCAGCACGACCAGUGGACGGACGAGGGAGGAGCGCAGCUGGAAGGCGGAAAGGAGGUGCUGGUUGUGCCUCGGCGAUCGGCCUUGGCUCUAGUGCUUGCUGCUGCUUCAGUGGCGCUGCCUGGAUGGACGAUCGGGUCGCCUGCUGUCGCACAAGAGCCAGAUCAAAGCGCAACAAGCACCAGCAGCACCAGCAGCACGAGCGCAGCAGCAGGGGAGGAUGGCAUUUUUCGGCGCUACUACAAGCCGGACGGCACGGAGCGCGCCACCAACCCGUACUCCUUCCUCAUCCCCCGCGGCUGGAAGCCCGUCCCAGUGAGCCUCAACGACGCCAAGCUCUAUGGCCUUGACACGCGCUUCGUGUCGCCCGUGGUGGUCCCCUCCGGGCCGGGGAACGGAGCAGGGGGGGGGGCAGCAGGAGCAGCGGGAGUGCACUCGAGCAUCGUGGAUGUGUUUGUGCUGCCUGUGGGCAACGCUGACAAGGCAAGCAUUGAAGAGAUUGGUGACCUGGACGAUGUGAUCGGGAUUUUCGGCCCGCCAGAUCAGCCAUCCCGUGUGAUGAAUGCAUCCAUUCAGGAGCAGCCAUCUGGCACGGCGUACUAUCACUAUGAACUGACGUCGCCAUCGGCUCUUCUGUCUGCUUAUGUCUCUGACAGCCAGAUUUACAUAUUUCAGGUGAGCGCUCCUGGAUUGUCCAAGAGGCAAUGGCGUGAGUCCUUUUAUUUAUUUGACGCCAUGAGGGACUCCUUCACAAAUGAAGCUCGUUUCUUACGAUAGUUAUGAUGUCUCCAUUAAGAACGUGCACUAUUGAUCUAGAAGUAUCUGAGAUCCAUGUAAUAUGCAGUCUGACUAUAGAGGCCCAGAACCAGUAUUGUAACGCGAACGAUUUGAUUUUCCUGCAGUCGUCAUGCUGCUUUC